AUGUAUGGACCAUCAACCAAAGUAGGUGCUAUAGUUGGAGGCCAGACAUCAUGUAAAGAGCCUGAAAUUGAAGCAUUCGAAAAGUAUCUUCCAGAGGAUGUGAAUAUCAUUACAUGUCAUUCACUGCAUGGACCCAAAGUGGAUCCUAAGGGCCAGCCUCUAGUGAUUAUAAAACAUCGAAUUGUAGAGAUACCUGACCAGAGUAUCGACAGUGUCGCAUUUGUUGAGGGAGUACUAUCAUGUUUGGAAUCCAAAACAGUCUAUUUAUCUGCUAAAGAACAUGACAAGAUCACCGCCGAUACCCAAGCGGUCACUCAUGCUGCGUUUCUCAGUAUGGGAACAGCAUGGAAGUCUAAUAACCAAUAUCCCUGGAAUACUACUCGGUGGUCUGGAGGUCUGGAAAAUGCCAAAGUCAAUAUCGCACUGCGAAUCUACUCUAACAAAUGGCAUGUCUAUGCUGGACUGGCCAUUACAAACCCUUCAGCUCACAAACAGAUUCUACAAUAUGCUUCGUCCACUUCAGAACUGUUUAAGUUGAUGUUGGAAAGAGAUGAAGAGAAACUAAGAAACAGGCUCUAUGUUGCUCGUGACUUUGUUUUCGGAUCACUGGAUCCAUCUCACAGUUUAUUACUGUCAGACGACCUUCUCGGUCAGUUUUCGCUGGGAAAGGUUCCCGAGGGAGGCUCUACGCCUAACUCACAUCUCAGUUUACUAGCCAUCGUCGACAGUUGGUAUCAUUUGGGUAUUGUUCCUUAUGACCACAUGAUCUGUUCCACUCCUGUAAGUAACCAUACUCUCUCUCCACGCAUCAUUAUAGCGAUACUAACAUAUCUCAGCUAUUUCGUAUCUGGCUAG